UCAAAAAAAAAGGUCAGAAAAGGCAAGCAUGGAGAUGUUUUGGCAGAUUGUUGUUGCAGUAUUCAUAGUGUUACUGUCUGCGUUGGCGAUCCUGAAAGUAUACCUGGACAGCAUCAAAGGAAAAUGUACCAGUUCUACUGAUCUGUCUGGAAAGGUUGCUAUAGUAACAGGGGCCAACACAGGAAUUGGUUACUUCACUGCAUUAGACUUUGCCAGGAGAAAUGCUAGAGUCAUUUUAGCAUGCCGUGACCUUGUGAAAGGUCAGGAAGCAGUAGAGAAGAUCCGAGGACAAACAGGAAAUACAGACAAUGUUGUUAUAAAACUUGAUCUUAGUUUGAUGAAGUCAGUGAGAGAGUUUGCGGAACAGAUAAACAAGCAAGAAGCCAGACUAGAUAUACUUGUGAACAAUGCAGGCAUGGCAGGUUUGCCUUUAACAAAAACAGACGAAGGAUUUGAAGUGAUGUAUGCAACAAACCAUUUUGGACAUUUCCUUCUAACAAACCUUCUUCUUGGUCUAUUGAAGAAGUCGCAGCCAAGUAGAAUAGUUAACGUAUCAUCGAUGGCCCACAGAUGGUCGAAGGGGAUUGACUUUGAUAAUCUAAAGGCGGAGAAAAGCUAUUCCAUAACAGAUACUUACUUCAGCUCCAAACUUGCCAAUAUUCUUUUUACACGUGAGCUAGCCAGAAAAUUAGAAGGAACAGGGGUACAGAUGACAUUGUGUGCUGUUCAUCCCGGCCUUGUUCAGACACAACUUUUGAGACAUUUACCACUACAUUUAAAAGUUCUUGAAGUCAUCAUUACCUACUUUUGGAAGACUGCCGAGGAGGGGGCUCAGACCUCAAUAUAUUGCUCAGUGAGUGAGGACCUGGAAGGAGUAUCAGGGAAGUAUUAUGUUGAUUGCCAGGAAGCCGAGGACCAGAGCUCAGAUUUGAGUAAAGAUAUGGGCCUAGCCAAGAAACUGUGGGAAAUAAGUGAAAAAUACACAGGGCUAGCAGAGCAGGAGAACUGAAUAAAUGCGAAUGCAAUUAAAAUUGCUGAAAAAUUAUCAGCCACUAUUAGUUAACCUCCCACAUCCAGCUUUAUGUGUAGCUUUUAGUCUGGUGAAUAUGAUUAGUGCAGUUGGUUUGUUUGUAAAGUUCAUGUAAAUACAACAGUUUGAUUUCUCGGGAUCAGAAAAUUUCAAAGUGCCUUAUCCAGGUAAAGUUGGAAAGAUACUCUGAAAGUGGAGCUGUUGUGUUGGGUAACAGAGUGAGGGGUAGGGGGUAGAACUGGUUAAGAAUGGACAUCAGUAGACAAAAGUUUCAAAAUACAGUUGGAUCUACAGCCAGAAUUUAAAAACCAGGAACACUUUAUCAUAGCACUGAAGUUUUAUUUAAUAUUUUUUAUGCAACAAGAAAAACGAAUCAAUUAAAAAAAUUCUGGUUAAAAUAUACCCAUGGGAUUAACAAGCACCAAAAUCUUAAAUCACAUCAACGUGACAGUCAAAAGAAAAAGUGGUAUUCUAUUUACUGUGAUACAGUUUUUACCUUUUAACUGUGAUAUAAAAGGACCUCUAUUUUGGGUCUAUUGUAACUUGAAUAUUAUGUUAUAUACAUGUAACAGUUUGACCUUGAAAGCAAAGGUCACAACAACAAGUGACAAUACAGCAAGGAGAAUAUAUAUUUGCAGUAGUCGGACACAGAAUAUCUUGCCUUUAUCACACAGCAGCAUUUAAAAUGGAUAAACAAAUACUUGAAAUGGGUUAAACAGUAAUUCUUAACAAUGCUAGCUAAUAAAAAUGUGUACACAACAGAUAA